AUGCGCUCCCUAGAUGUGAGUGGUCAGGCCUGGGAGAACGUUAUCGAGACGCGGUCGACUCCUGAUAGCGUGAAGAAGCGCUUGAGGGAACGUCGCGGACUGGAGGUGACUUUCCUGAUUCCUUCGAAAAGCCAGAGGCCUUGGCCGCCGCCGGUUGGGUUCCAGUGCGUCUAUGAAUCCUAUUUCCAAGACGAUACAAAGCUCUGGUUCCCAAUCCCUCGACUAGUUACAUCGUACGUGAGGCGCCGAGGUGCAGCGAUAAGCCAGUUCCUGAAUGGUUCAUGGCGUAUCGCGGUUGCCUUGAUGGUCAUGGCUGCCGAGAUCGACGUCUCUCUAAGUGUUCGUGCUUUCGAGGUGUUGACAUCCAUCAGCUCGUUGGACGAAGGACUUUUGUCAAUAGAGAUGCGACCAAGCUACAACGUGAUAAGGGGACACCCUAAUAAGACAUUUGACUGGAAGAGGUCUUAUUUUUACGUUAAGUGCGACGAUUCUGCCUUCGAGGAUCCCAUGGACGAAGACUACCAGGAUUGGAAUUCAAGUUAUCUUCCCUCGGCUAACAAGGUUAAGAGACGGAUCUCGCUGUUCACCAAAGAAGAGCAGAGGAGGAUCAACGAAGCAAGGAAAAUGAGGGGCCUUCCUGAUCUAAGUGCCAUGAUGGCGACCCAGCUUGGUCUGCCGAGUGCUGAACCGUCGGUACCCUCUAAGGAGAUGGUGGUUACCGACACAACCGAUGCGACUCUUCAAAGUCAAGCCUCUUCCCCCGGCGCCACCGCCGCUGCUUCUAAGAAAAAGAAGAGCAAGAAGAGAUCUCGCGACGAUCCCUUCGUCGGUGAGGAUCUCGAGACUCUUCCAGAGGAAACCAAUCAGACUGAGGCAGCUGAGCCGCCCAAGAAGAAAAAGAAAGAAGAAGAAGCAGUCGAACAAUCAGCUGGCUCGACUGUCGGGCCACCUUCUAAUUUGGCUUUAACGGAUGAACCCGAGAAUGUCUCGCCCGAGGUUCCGCUUCAGAAGAAGAGGUCGAAGCAAGCGAGCGAGCAGGGAACGACCAGUCGCCAGAUUCCUUCUGCUGCUGCUCCAAGUGUUGCUAGGGCUCCUGCUCCAUCGAUUCCCGGGGAGUCGGCUCCCAGUACAUCGGCUGGUGGUGCUCCGGUCGUUAGGAAGAUUCUGAGGGUUGAGUUUCCCGACCGCGUCUCGUUUGAAUACGAUGGAUCGACUCCCCUCAUCUAUGCUCCGAACAGAUGCGCGGAACUGGUCAGUCAUAUCAAAUGCGGACCGAAGCCUCUUCCGCCAGUUGCUGACUUGAUCUUCCAGGACGAGUACGUUGAUGCUGCUCGUACCAAGUUGCUGUGCGACAGGGUCUCGAACUUCGUCAUCGAGAAGUAUGAUACGGCGCUAAAGGAAGCGUUUUCAGAGUUGGAGAGGCUGAAGAGGACCGUGGCGGCCAAAGUUAGGCUCCUUCGUCGAAAGAGGGCGGAAUGGCAAGAAGAGUACGAUAAGAUGGCCAAAAAACGGGAUCAAACAGUUGUUCGGAGAAAGGCUCAGAAGGAGCAAGCUGACGCAGCUGAGGCUGAGCUUUCCAUCGCUCGUUCUACCAUCGAAGCUUUGGAGCUGCGAAAAGCCAAUCUCAUGGAGGAAAUGGGAGUUAAGGCCGCAGAGCAUAAGAAAGAGUUAGAUCGACUCAGGGACUCGCGUAUCUAUGAGGUUACAAAGGAAAGGGUGAGGGUCGAGACCGAGAUGAUAGCAAAGUCCAACAAGCACUUCGGGAAUCUGGACGACUGGUGGGCUCGUUGCGAGCCAUUUGACACAUCGCGACUGUUGCAGAGUCAGGCAUUCGAAACUAAGAAGUGCUUUGAAGCUUUGAAAGCUAGCGGUCGCGACAUCCCUCAAGAGACCAUUGACAUGUUUGCUGCCCAAGAGAAGCAGUUUGAGAGGGAAGUUGCGAGACUAAACCCUGGCGAGAUCUCUGUGGACGACUUGGCCCUAUCUCCACUAAAGCUCGACUCGCAGUUUGUAGAUAUGCGAGCCUUCACAGGCCUCGACCCGUAUGGAACCAAUGCACAUCUGGUUGAUCCGAGGACCGCUGCUACUCUCCAAAGUCCCGCCAAUCGUCUCGAGGCUUCGAUCACUCCUUCUCGUUCCCCGGGACACAGUACCCCAGGAAGCAACGUGCCGGCUCCCGUCGUUCAAACUGCCGACGAGGGGGCGAUCUCGGCCCAAGACCAGGCUCAGACCACCGUCUUUGAGAUCUCUGAAUCCUCGGUUGCUGACCAAAAGGAUGGACAGGAUGGGGAAUCGAACAAGGAUGAGGACGACGAAGAGGUCGACAAGGGCCAAGGUGAAGAGGUAGAUGACUCCCAGGUUAACCCUCCUGAUGAUUCACUCGAGGUUCGCGAGAGUGAGACCACUCCUCAUAUUGAAAAUGAGGGUGUGGAUCAUUCGAUGAACGCGGACCCCCCAGGACCAUCUGUCGGUGAUGAAGACGCUGCGCGGGAGCUGUCCAAAAAUGCUGAGGAAUGA